AUGAAUCGUGGCAGUAUUUACAACUUGAUCCAGAGGGGAUCGGUUUCUAUUUUGCUUUUCGGCACUGUUGGCGGUACAGUAAUACUUGGUCAAUCAUACUUUGCUCAUAAGAGACGCCGUUUGGCUGCUUUGAAAGAACACGAAAAGAAUCUUCAAGAUGAAAGGUUUGCCGAAGACGAGUUUAAUCAAUUGGACCUGAAGUAA